GGCUAGCACGGGUGGGGGCCGGGAGCAUGAGAGGAGGAUGAACUCUCAGCCAGAGCUGGGCUGGGGGGGAGAGAGCAGGGCUGGCUAUGCAGGGACCUGCCCGGGGGAGCAGAGACUCCAGCAUUUGCAGCAGAGGCCGCGCAACAUCCGCUGCGCUGGGGAAGAUCGCUGCGUGCCGGGAAGGGAGCUCCCAGUUGCAGGGCCCCACCCGCCUGGCCAGCCCCGUCCUUUCCCCGCUCCCUCUCGUUAUCCCGCGGCUGGGCCCAGGCCCCUUUACGCCCCCAGCCAACCUCCAGGCGCCGCUUUCUCCCCAGGUUAUAACUCAUCCUGCUGCAGUCCCUACCCCCCCAGCUCUCCUGACCUCAACUUUCCGGGGGGGGGACUGCCUCCCUCCUCCUCCGCCUACCCAGCUUGCCUUAUUGGACCCCGCUCCGGGGGUCGGGGAGUGGACCGGUACCACGCCUGUAGCCAGGACCCCCCCAGCUGUAACUCUCUGGUGGUGCCAGAAGAUAGAGGGGACCUCUCUCAGGAUGUUUACGGUGACACGAAAACUUUUGAGUGGAUGAGAAUCAAAAGGAACCUUCCCAGAACAGUGAAAUCAGGAGACUGUGGCUUUGCUGGGGAGACAAACGCAGUCUCCCCCAGGACAAACUUCAGCACCAAGCAGCUGACCGAACUGGAGAAAGAAUUCCACUUCAACAAAUACCUGACCCGGGCCAGGCGUGUUGAGAUCGCCUGUGCCUUGCAGCUCAACGAAACCCAGGUGAAGAUCUGGUUCCAGAACCGCAGGAUGAAGCAGAAGAAGAGGGAGAGGGCGAGUUUCCCUGAGGGAUCAGCUGGCUGCAAUGGACCGGAGUCGUCCUCUGACAAAUCAGACAUCACCUCCCCGGCUACCUCUCCUAGCAGAAGCAACGAGGCUACCACGCCUCCAAUCUGACCGAGGUUCUCGCUUUGUUAGAACUUCUGUUCUGAUCUUGGGCAGAGAGAUUUUCCCAUCGGAAAAGAUCCACUCAGCCCCCGGCAUUCAUCUUGCUGGGGAAGAGAAAAGGGGGCAGUGCUCCUGGCAAACUUUGCAAUGAACUUGGGGAUGAAAGCACACAUCAAAAACAUGAGCAGAGACUUCCAGAAUCACCACCAUUACCACCACCAAUAGCACAGGUGCCAGCAUUGUGCUGUUAAAUCGGUGUCCUUCCAAUAGAUGCAGGUGUAUAUUAAUGAAUGACGUGCUUAAAAAAAAAAAAAAAGGCCACUUUCCCCUCAAAAUUUGUAGCGCAGUGGUGAAUAGAUCAAUUUUUCCCCCCCA